AUGAUCAAAAAGGCUUUUAUUAAGUCAGAAGAACCAUUCGAGCUCAUUCGACAAGAUCACAGGAGGCGACAGUUAGCAGUGUGGGAAAACGUUAUGAAAAAACCAGUCGAUUUAAAUCAGUCACAAAUAUAUGAAAAAGAAAAAUUACAAAUGUUCAUGGCCGUCAACAAUUUUAUCACUCGGUUGUCUAUCGAAAAAGAGCGCAUGAUUAAUUCUAUGUUAUCACCGGUGAUGUUAGAAAAUAAGAUCAAUGAAUGUAAGGUCGAUUUAAAGUCAGCAUACGAAAUGAUAACGCGGCUGAUACAUUUACUGAAUAUUGAAAAAUCGGCUCUCGCGUCGGAAAUUGAUUUGAUGAACGAGAAGUACCACACUGAUAGUUAUAGAAUGAAAGUGCAUCGUAAUAAAAUCGUAAACAGCCAAAAGAAUAAAGUGAAUUGGAUUAAAGAUUCUAUUGAUUCGAUUAUUGACAGAUACAACGAUAUUGGAAGAUACUUGGACGUGCCAGAAGAUUUAUUGUUUCCACAGCCUGAGAAAAAAGCGGCCCCGUUUAAAUUAAACUUUUUAUUUAAACACAGAGUACAAGAAAUAGAACGAGAACAAAAAUUCAAAGAAACGGAACUUAUUUUGGCGGACUUGAGAUCACCAAUGGAUAUACUUCAGAGUAGAAUUAUCGAUCCCGGAAUAACACCGAUUUAUCGGUUAUUAACCACGGACAUGUCCAGGCGACAAAUUAUUUACAAUUAUUCUUGUACAUUGUUUGGGAUGUAUGUCGAGGGAACAGGUUUUUCUAAGCUCAAAGCAAAAGAAAACGCGGCCACGGAAAUGUUGCGGGCUAUACUGAAGAAACAAUCUGUCAGCACGCUUUCGUCUCAUAUCAAAACAUUUACAGAGAGAGAGUUACGGGAUCUCAACCCGUUGUUACAAUCCAAAAUGAACUACGUGGACACUUUGGAAAAAACUUGUGAGAUCAAUCAUUUUCCGCCGCCUAAGUACACGUUGUUAAGUCGCACUAAAAACAAUUCUAAACUCGAGAUUAACUAUUCGGUUCAGUGCGAAGCUAUGGACUUUGUGGCAAUCGGACAUAGCAACAAACGUGCGACGGCCAAACAGACGGCUGCUCAAAACAUUAUCGAGUUGUGGGAGAAAAUGAAGGAGAAGAAUUCCAAGAAAAUUUAA